AAACACGGCAGCUUCAGCACCACACAAAAGCUAAAAGCAGCUGCUCACUUAGCUUGUUUUUGCCAUUUUCUUCUGCAUAAACGUAUUAUUGUCACAGACGGAGGAGCGGAGGUGGUGCACUUCUGCUUACUAUCAUCAAGUGGUCUGACAUCCUAUUUAUCAUCGUUGGUUGAGUUUAAAUUUUAAGUUGGGCAAAGCUUCAUACUUCAUCUUCUCAAACAUGUUUAAGAGGAUCACAUUCAUCUUGUUGGUUGGAUUGCUGGCGUGGGCAUAUCAGGCCGCCCGACCACCACCUCCAAACAUCUGUGGUUCGCCUGGCGGUCCACCCGUAACAGCGCCUAGAAUAAGGCUAAGGGAUGGAAGAUUUUUGGCCUACAUGGAACAUGGUGUUCCAAAACAAGUGGCAAAGCACAAGAUUAUCUUUGUUCAUCCCUUCAGUAGUUCCCGACACGAUCUGAUCAUUACAAUAUCCAUCUCUCCGGAAGUCAUUGAAGAUUUAGGUGCGUACAUUGUGUCUUUCGACAGACCAGGGUACGGGGAAAGUGAUCCGGAUCCUAAGAGAACAGCAAAGAGCUUGGCGUUAGAUAUAGAGGAGCUUGGUGAUCAGCUGGAACUCGGAUCCAAAUUUUAUGUAAUUGGAUACUCAAUGGGAGGACAGUGCAUCUGGAAGUGUCUUCAGUACAUCCCUCAUAGGCUAGCAGGAGCAGCGCUGAUUGCUCCGGUGAUCAACUACUGGUGGCCAGGACUUCCUGCCAACCUGUCGUCGUAUGCCUAUAAGAAGCAACCUCCGCAGGAUCAAUGGGCGCUUCGAGCUGCUCACUAUAUACCUUGGUUAACCUACUGGUGGAACACUCAGAAAUUCUUUCCUAAAUCCAGUGUUGUAUCCGAGAAACCAGAGAAUAUGUUUUCCCGCCAAGAUUGGGAAAUCUUUAGAAAUGCAAAGGUUUCUGGAAGAGAAAAGCACAAGGCAUAUGUCACGCAGCAAGGAGAAACUGAGUCCAUCUUUCGCGACAUGGUAGUUGGAUUUGGGAGCUGGGAAUUUGAUCCUAUGGAUCUGCAGAACCCUUUUGCCAGCAACGAAGGCUCGGUCCAUCUGUGGCAGGGUGACGAAGAUAAACUUGUCCCAGUUGAGCUGCAACGCUAUAUUGCCGAAAAGCUUCCAUGGAUUCACUACCAUGAGUUACCAGGUGGUGGACAUUUGUUGCCAGCUGCAGAUGGAAUGAGUGAAGUCAUUUUAAAGGCACUUCUAAUUAAAGAGUAGACCAUUGACGUCGUCGAUACAGGGCAGCUCUCUCAGAGAUGCUACAUUGUAGAAAUGAUAAGAGUAUUUUUUUUUUUUUUUGGAGAUGCUCUAAUGAUUUGGUUGUAACCAAAAUUUUAUAGAAAUAAUAAAGGAAUUCUUUCAAGAGUAA